AUCUAUUACUUCAUGUUCAUCGCUCCUUCUACCAUGCUAAGCUUCUCCAUCCUACUUGUUUUCAUCACUUUUGCUUUGCGGUACAUCUUCAAGCUCCAAUGGCAAGGCAUGGUCCAAAAGCCUAAGCAACCUACUCUUCCGCCAAGCCCUAAACCUUGGCCUAUUGUGGGAAACCUCCCUGAAUUCAUCAUAAACAAGAAGAAAACAUCGGUAUCUCAUUGGAUACACUCGUUCAUGGAAGAAAUGAACACCGAAAUUGCUUGUAUUCGUCUAGGAAAUGUUCAUGUGAUUCCCGUCACUUGUCCUGAAAUCAGUCUCGAAUUCUUUAAAAAACAGGAUGCUGUUUUUGCUUCUAGACCCCUUACCAUGGCCACUGAUGUCCUAACAAAAGGCUACUUAGGCACAGGUUUUGGACCCUUGGGAGAUCAGUGGAAGAAAAUGAAGAGAGUUAUGGCUAACGAGGUGCUUUCACAGGCAACACAUCGAUGGCUUCAUGAGAAAAGAGGUGAAGAAGCUGAUAACCUCGUGCGUUACGUGCUUAACCAAUGCAAAAAUAGUGAUGAAGGCGGCCUUGUGAACUUAAGAUUGGCUGCCCGACACUAUUGUGGCAAUGUAAUAAGGAAGAUGAUGUUUAAUAGGAGAUACUUGGGAAAAGGGAAAGCAGAUGGUGGACCUGGUUUUGAGGAAGAAGAGUACGUCGACGCCAUUUUCACCAUUCUUGCUCAUAUUAAUUCCUUUUGUAUAUCCGAUUACUUACCGUUCUUGAGAGGCCUCGACCUGGAGGGGCAUGAGAAAGUUAUGGAAGAGGCAACUAAAGUUUUGGAGAAGUAUCAUGAUCCCAUAAUUGAAGAUAGGAUUCAACAAUGGAGAGAUGGCAGAAAACAUGAACCCCAAGACUUGCUUGAUGUUUUGGUUUCUUUGACUGAUGAAAAUGGUAACAUCCCGCUACUUUCAACGGACGAGAUCAAAGCUCAAAUUAACGAAACUAUGAUUGCAACAUUGGAUAAUCCAUCAAACGCCCUAGAAUGGGCGGCACUUGCGGAGAUGUUAAACAAACCAGAGAUGCUACAAAAGGCAGUAGAUGAGUUGGAUGAUGUGGUUGGAAAAGAUAGGUUAGUACAAGAGUAUGAUCUCCCAGGACUCAACUACAUCAAAUCAUGCGCAAGAGAAGCCUUUAGACUCCAUCCCAUCGCCCCAUUUAACGUUCCUCACAUGUCAUUGACCGAUACAACAGUGGCCGACUACUUCAUCCCUAAGGGUAGCAAUGUCAUCCUUAGCCGGGUAGGACUCGGUCGGAACCCUAAAGUUAGGGACGAGCCAUGCAAGUUCAAGCCAGAACUUCACCUCCAGGAUUGUAAUACAGGCGAAGAAGUGGUGCUUGCGGAGCCAGAAUUGCGGUUCUUAUCGUUCAGUAGAGGAAGGAGAGGAUGCCCCGGCGUGGUCCUUGGAAGUUCAAUGACUACCAUGUUGUUUGCAAGGCUUUUGCAAGGUUUCCAUUGGAGUAUCCCGGAAAAUCAGGGAACUAUUGAUCUUUGUCAAGGAAAGAAAGAUUCCUUUCUGGCAAAACCGCUGCUUGCUGUUGCAAAGUCAAGGUUGCCACUUCAUGUUUACUCUGUUUCAAGGUAAAUGAAGAGAAAGAGAACUUCAAUGAUAAACUAGAGGUAAAGGGAAAAGGGAAUAAAAUGAUGGUUUAGUUUGGAAUUUGUAACAUGGUAUGUCUUCCUUAUAAUUAUAUUUAUAAUUAAUAUCGUAACUAAAUCAACAAGGUGUAGCUUUAAAUUGAACAGGGUUGUCUUUUGUUGGCAUGUAUAUAUAUAUAUUUAGAAUUUUAAAGUAUUUCGAUAUAUAAUGAGGAAGAUGAGAAAGUUAUAAUUAAA